AUUAAAUAAUAACAUUGCUUAAUCCUCUUAUAUGUAAUUUUAUUAUUGCUAUAGCUUUAAAAAAAUUAUUAGAGCAUUUCUUUCGUUGAUAGAUAAUUUCAGUCAGUAAAAAGUAUAACGUGAAAUUAAUAAAUCAGUAAUGCAAAUUAUGCUAUAUGAUUUGGUAAAAUCGUUUGUUAAAACAUUUAUCAUUAUAUUUAUUCUUAUAGAGUGUUUAUCAAUUUUUCAGUCCGAAAGUCAUUUAAAUAAUAUUAUAUUAACUCCUUAUAAACAAUCAUCUCCCAGACAAAAGGAAAAUUUGCAUCGUACCAUGGAAAUAUACGCUAUUACAAAUAACGAAGUUAAUACAGAUGGACAAAGUGGAAAAAAAGGUAGGAUCACUCGUCAAGGACCAAAAAUAUGGGAUCAAUGGGGAAACUGGUCAAGCUGUAGUGUUACUUGUGGUAUAGGAAAAUUAACAAGAUGGAGGCAUUGUAUAGGUGGAAGUUGUUUAUUAGGUGAAAAGAAAGCACAAUUAAAAACUUGUACUCUUGCAGCAUGUUAAUGGUCAGACUAUGAAUUAUGGUA